GGCAAAGUGUAGAUCAAAGCUCUCCCUUGGAUAAAAUGCACCUCCUUUAGCUUGGAAAAGAACUCCACCUUCCUCUUCAAAAAUCUAGAAAUUUGCCUUCAAAUACCUUCAAAACAUCUGGAAUUUAUCAUCCAAUGUAGCAAGAAAUUCUCCUCUCCGAUAGCUUUCAAGAUGAAUUUCGCCCUCUACUAGCUUCUCCACAUUUAGUAGAAAUUCGCUCCACUCCUCUGGAUUUCGCUCCUCAAAUUGCUCUCCAAUUUCGCACUUGAAAGGAUGAUUGAAUGAUUUAAAUUGUGAAAAAACACCUUCCAAUAUAUAGAGCGCUCACCUUCCACUUACCCAUGAGGCGGACCUAGCAAAUAAAAGGUGAAAUAAUAAAUAAAAACCCAAAAGGAGUAGGCCGACUUGUCAAAUUAAGGCAAAUAAUGCCUUGUGCGCUCCACAUUUAAUUUUUUAAUUUCACAAAAAUUAAUUUUAAAUGCCUUUAUAAUAGAAAUUCGAUUUUUUGAGGCCCAAAAUUAAUUUAUUAAAUGCCAAUUUAAUUAAUUUUUUCAAAUAUUCCAAAGUUGGCAAUUUUGGCAUCUAAUGCGAUUUGGAGGAUAUUAACGCCCAAAUAUGGUAAAAAAUAAUGAAUGCCAUUAACUUCGCUCUGGUCCCUUGGAGAGGGACAGGAGCACUUUUUCAUUUUUAGGCUAGGAUUCUCAAUUUUUUGAAGUCAAACCUUUGUUCACCAUGCUUUAGAAGAUCCUUCCCAUCUCAUACAACUUUGCCUUAGCAUAAUCUCGGAGGGAAUUAGUUGUUUUCAUAAAAAGUGCUCUGGUCCUUCAGUGAGGGACGGGAGCACUUUUGAGUUCAUUGCAUGAAUUCUUGAUCACAUUAAUCUUCAAUUUACCCUCAAGGCGUAGAAUAUUACAUUUCACUCCAUCUUGAGCCUUGGUGAUAAAAAUAUCCUUUCAAAAUGCAAGGUAAAUGGUCAUAUUUGGAAAUUGCGCCCUGGUCCCUUGGUGAGGAACGGGAGCACUUUUGCCAGUUGUCGUCAAAAUUUGCAACUCUCGCAUCUCAAUUCCACUUCAAGGCAUUUUAAACACUUUUUCAAACUUGCGCCUUGGCCUCAAUUUGUCCAAAAUUGGUGAGAAAGGCUAGAUAACAUGUUAAGUGCUCUGGUCCUUCAGUGAGGAACAGGAGCACUUUUUCAACUUCAAGCUUAUCCGUCCUUUGCUAGCUUCCCAAAUUAUCUUCAAUGGGCUAAUCAUGUCCUCUUCCAUUCAUUUCAAUCACAAACUUGCCUUGGCCUUGCAGGAAAUUUACACUUUUUUGGAAAAUCGCUCUGGUCCCUUGGAGAGGGACGGGAGCACUUUUUGCAUCUUGGCAUACUUCUUUGUCCUUUAAACCUCUCAAUUGCGUCUAAGGCAUAAAACAUCAUUGGUCCUUCCCAUCCAAGUCAAGUUUUGCCAUAAAAUAUCAAACAAAGAGGAGAAACUUGAAAAAGUGGCAUGGUCCUUCAGUGAGGGACGGGAGCACUUUUUGUCAUUUGGGUUGAUUUACUCCUUUGUGAACCGCUUAAAUUAUAUUCAAUGGACAAAACAUGCCUCCCUUAACCUCUUCAAAUCAUAAAAUCACCUUAACCUUGCAAAGAUAGUGUGAAUUUGAAAUUCAGUGCUUUGGUCCUUCAGUGAGGGACGAGAGCACUUUUUGCCCUCUAAGCCAAAUUGUCUCACUUUUCGUCUUGAAAUUCCUUUGCUAGGGAAGAUUUCAUCUUACUUCACGCUAUGAAUAAAAGUUAAUGUCCAAAAGAGGUCUAAAAUUGUGCAUAUAAAGAAAAGUGCUCUGGUCCUUCUGUGAGGGACAGGAGCACUUUUUACCUUCUAGGCAAAAACUUCAUCAUUUUAUUGUUUUCAAUCAAGUCUGGAUGCUUUAUCAUGUUCAUUUCGUCCUUCACUAUGCCUUUGAUGUUUUAAUUUGACCAAACAAGGCCAGGAAUGGCUCCAAUAAGUCUUUUCGCCUUUGUCCUUCAGUGAGGGACGGGAGCACUUUGCCUUGGUCCCUUGGAGAGGGACAGGACCACUUUUUCCUUCAAUCUUCAAAAUUCACUAUUUUUGUGCCUUCAAAAUCUUCAAAAGUAUCAAGUCGUGUCCAAUUAUCAUUCUGGAAGACCCUGCACAAAACAAAAUAGAAAAGUCAGUGACAAAUAUGCAUAAAAUAACAUUUGUGCUCUGGUCCCUUGGUGAGGGACAGGAGCACUUUCUUCCUUUCUGGCUAAAAUAUUCAAAAUUUAGGUCUUCAAUCAUUUCACAAGGCAAAGUUAGACCAUCUUCAAGGCCCAGAAUCGGUUAGCAAGCUCUCGCAAAAUCAGAAAUUGCACUUAGAAUGAAAUUCGUCCUGGGCCUCCAGUGAAGGACAGGAGCACUUUCUCUAUUUCAGGCAUCAUCUUGCCUCCGAAAAUUGAUCAAAAUUUACCUAGGCAAGAAUAUACAAUUUCAUCUUCAAAAUGCUAACACUUAAACAAAUUUUGAAUUUUCCCUCAAAAACCCUAACUAGACCUAACCUGAGACAUAUCUGACUUCCUGACAGACUUAUCUUACUUCAAUAAUCAACCCUUGGAAGGACGCUCAAUAACUUUCAAAAUUUGACUGGACUCAGCUUAAAAAAUAUCCAAAAGAAACCCCUAAGGCUUAGCCCUAGCCCAGACAACUCACUCACUCACUCAAAACCCUAAAAAUAGAGAGAAGAACAGGCAAAACAAAAGCAAAAAGAGGGGGGUCCCCAUUUAAAUGGGGCGAUGUGUGAAAACAUCACAACAAGUUGGUAUGCUGAAAGAUGCAGUAGAGGAUGUUCAAGAUGUUGUUAAACAACAUCGGUAACAACAUCGGUUACAGUGCGCUAGAACUGGUUGCAGUAUCAUGUCAGAUGGUUGGACAGAUAGAAGGAACCGAACUCUCAUUAACUUCCUUGUCUCUUGUGAGAUUGGCAUUGUUUUUCUAAAAUCUGUGGAUGCAUCUAAUAUGAUGAAAUCCACAAAUGCAUUGUUUGAGAUGUAUGACGUGGUAGUUAUGGAUGUAGGGCCACAAAAUGUGGUUCAAUUUAUCACAGACAAUGCUGCUGCUUGUGUUGCUGCAGGGAGACUUCUGACAGAUAAAUACCCCUUGAUCUAACCCUAGAGGACAUUGGAAAAAUAGAAUGGGUUAAGGCGGCCUUUCAGAAGGCUCACAAGGUUACCAAAUUUGUUUAUAAUCACACGAGGGUUUUGGCUAUAAUGCGCUCUUUCACAGGAGGCAAGGAGCUAGUUCGACCAGGGGUGACAAGAUUUGCAACAUAUUUCCUUGCAUUACAAACAUUAUGUGAACAUAAAGGUAAUUUGAGGCGAAUGUUUGUUUCAGCUGAGUGGAUGGAGUCUGGCUUCACAACUCAAGAAAAUGGCAAAGCAAUUGCAGAGUAUAUGUAUUCUACCACCUUUUGGGAAUCAAUUGAGCAGAUCGUAGAAUUUUCAGAGCCUUUAGUAAAAGUCUUGAGACUAGUGGAUGGGGAAAAACCCCCCAUGGGAUAUGUGUAUGAGGCCAUGGAUAGGGCCAAGGAGGUGAUAAGGAGUAAGCUGGAAAAUAACAGGGAUAGGUAUAUGCCAUUGUGGGACAUAAUUGAUAGGAGAUGGGAUGGACAGAUGCACACUCCUCUCCAUGUUGCAGGAUACUUUCUCAAUCCUUUAUUAUUCUAUAAGACUGACUUCUUGGAAAUUGAUGCUGAGAUCAAACGAGGAUUUUUCAAGUGCUUGGAAAAAAUGUUUCCUGACUCGGAAAAAUUUGAUGCGGCUACGAUGGAGUUGGAAGUGUACAAGCAUGCUAAGGGUUUUCUCUCUUCAAGGGCUGCUAUACAAAGUAGAAAGACUAUUCAACCAGCUGCAUGGUGGGCUUCUUUUGGAGACGAAAUACCAAAUUUAAGGUGGAUGGCAGUGCGCAUUUUGAGCCAACCGUGCAGCUCAUCAGCUUGUGAGCGUAAUUGGAGUGUUUUUGAACACAUACAUUCCAAAAAACGCAACCGCCUAUCACAACAAUGACUGAAUGACUUGGUAUUUGUUCAUCACAACCUUCGCUUGAAGAUAAGGAAAGCUCUAGGAACUAUUGAGGAUGGCUUGCCAAUUGACCUCGAUGAGAUAUAUCCAGAGUGUGAGUUGAUUGCUGCUGAAGAUGCUGAUGAUGAUGAUGUUUAUGAUGAUGAUAAUGUUGUUGCUGAUUGUCCACUUGAGACUGAAGAUUUUGAUAUCAUGAGGCAAGCCAACUUUGCUCCUCAAUGGAUGGAUCGAAUUAGGACAGGUUCUCACCUGGGAGCUUCAUCAUCCGAGCCUCCUGCCCUCUAGCAUGCCAUUGCCUACAUUUGAUAUUUUGGAAUUUUGUACUUAGUUUACAAGUUGACUUUGUUCAAAGUCACAAACUAUAUUGUAAUUGACAUUUUGACAUCUAUCACCAUCUAGAUAUUAUUUAUGGUGUAGUAUAUUUUGUGCAACG